AUGGAACGCAGAACUGGUCCCUCUUCUCACGUACACCCACAUCUUCUCAGUCUAAUACUCACCAACUCGGUCAUAAUUACAAGUGGCCGUGCGGAUUCAGCUGGUUCAACUCCUGCGACAUCUGACUCCCUCCUUCCGAUUACUCCUACAUUUCCAUCUCGCUUAGGCCACUUGGCGUAUUUGCCUGCCCCUAAACUAGCUGCAGCAGCAGCCCCAUUUGUCGUUGCUUAUUCUCCGGAUAGCCCCGCUGGGACGCAUGAAAAUCCGCCUACAUCAGCUAGACCGAUAACUCCCCCCGUUCAACAGGGUGCUGCAAGCUAUACAGUUAAUUCACCUGUGGCUCCGAAAGAAAGGUACUACAGUUCCAUUUAGAGGUACGCCGCCUUCUCUUAGAUCUACGAGGCCUUUACAGUCCAGCACGUCUACGAACUCCUCAGCUCCAAUUAUAUGCCCAAAUAAUUCUCUGUCCUGCGUGCCGGUUGCUUACGGAAGCCAUACUAUUUAUCCAGCAAAUAAUUCAUACGUCAAUUGCUUUAAGUCAUUUUUCCCCCAACCCAGUUCACGCUUCCCUCCACUUAAGGCCACCUGUUCUCCUAACUUCUUUGACUUCUAACCUAGAACUGAUUUCCCACACUUUUAUCCUUAUAGCUGCCUAUCCCCCAUCAGCCUCCACCUUCCUUCUAUGUUCCAUUCUUCUUCUUCUUCUUCUUCUCCUCCUCCUCCUCCACAAUCAAACUGCCGGCAAGCUUAUCUCUGUUCUAACUCCCUCAGCAUUCCAAUGUUCGAAAACUAUGUCCCCACAUCCUUUAAGUCUCAUGUCCAGCCUUCUUUUGCUGACUCUACAUACGUCAAUAACUCUAGACUAAAUAAUGCUUAUUCCCAAAACAUCAAUAAUUCAAAGCUUACAUAUCCGACUCCAAAUUUUUUUAAAUACUGUCGAUACUAGCCUUUCUGUUCGAAACACAUUAGAUAUUAUAUAAUUGAAUGUCAGGUCUUUUAUAAACAAGAUGGCCCGAAUCAGAGCCAUUGCUCUCGAAAUGACGCCUGAUAUAAUAUAUGCAACAGAAUCUUAAACCCACUCUCUAAUUCCUGACUCUGCUCUUCUUACAGAUGACUUCGAUUUUUGCGCCAACACCGCACGACUAGGCGUUGGGGUGGUUGUCGUCUUUAUCUUUCAUCCUAACUUUAGUACCCUACCUAUUGCCUGGAUGUCACCUCAUUCACUGGGAACUUCUGCUUUGCAUCUGUUAUUCUCUCGCCGCAAGGAAAGGCAAUUAUUGGCUGUAUCUACAAUCCCCAAAACUCGUCAGCCAGUGAUGAUUCACAACUUUCUGAAAACUUUAAAUCAAUUUCGGAAGCUGCUUUCGAUGCCAAAAUAAUCACUGGAAGUUUCAAACUUCCUGAAAUAGACUGGGUUUUCAAUAGCUGUCCACCUAGAUUCCAGUCCUUUCAAGAUAUUGUCAAUUUUUGUAACUAGUCCCAGCUGUGCGCUCUCCAACAAGAAAUAAUCACAUUUUUGAUCUAACCUUUACCAAUAACGUUGAUUUCUUUUCAUUGCUUUCAAAAAGGACCUCUUUGACAGUGACCACAUAUUAAUUCGUUGUUGCUUACCGCUUGCCUUUUCAAAAAAGACCAGCACCGUUCGGACUUACCUAAGCUACGAUUGCGUAGAUAAUGACUUAAUAAAUAACUAUAUUAGAUCAUAGGGUUGGUGCAGCUUCCUCGCCUGUAGCGAUGCAGCCAUUCUUCGUGACGUUACGUCCAAUGUUUUCAAGGGCGCCCUAGAGUUUGUGUCGCAUAUAUAUCUCAAGCCUAAGUCUUCAGAUUGCUUUGUUCCUCAGUUUCAUUGCAACAGACUAAAAACGUUGAGACGGCAGUUGCGUGAUCCAUCCGCUAGUUCUUUGUCCGCUCAUCUUAGAACCUCAGAGAUGUGCGAAAUGUCCCGAAGGAUGCGCAAAGCGCGCGACAGGCAAGGAAAACCACUUUCGCUCAGUGAUCCGAUUCCUGGCAAAUCCGUCUCUAACAUCUUCCCUCAUCGGUUCUCCUCUAAGCGGGGUCACAAACUUCUACCCCUGCUAAAUGAUAACAAAAUCUUUCUAGUCGAUGACACUGACAGGGCGGACUUGUUUAGUGCUUUGUUUGCGAAACACCUCACUAUUUAGUCCGAACUGGUCCCUUUCUUUCGUUCACUUUCAGACAAUCGAUGUCUCCUCAGAUCUCAUUAAGAAACACAUAAGUCGUUUGAAAUACUCACACUGCACAGGAACGGACGGGAUUCGAAAUUCGAUUAUUAAAUAAGCAUCUGACCUUCCCAUAUUGCUAAGUCAUUUAUUCUCGGUUUAUAUUUCAAAAGGACCCUUUAUUGAAACAUGUAAGACGGCAAUUAUCGUUCCUGUCUACAAGGCUGGAUCUCGGUUCGAUGGUAAUAAGUGUCGGACGUGCACCAACAGCAUCUCUAGCAAAGCUUCUUGAAAUAAUAAUUGUCAAUGAAAUUCUUGACUUCUACCUAGCUAAUCGGCUUCUGAGCUAUAGUCAGCAUAGAUAUUCACCUGAACGAUCCUGCGAAACUUGUCACUUGGCAUUUCUUAAUCCAAUCACAUCUCUUCGUAAUGAACAGCAGUCAGUGGUAGUUAUCUACUUUGAUCUUAGCAAGGCCUCUGACAAGGUGUCCCAAAGACAUCUUUUAGUAAAGUUGGAAGCUCUUGGCAUCCGGCCGCCUCUAGUCGACUUCAUCAGGUCCUAUCUAUCCAAUCGAUGUCAGAAAGUCAUGGUCGGUAAUAGCUCCUCGACACCUCAUUCGAUCACGAGUGGCAUACUUCAAGGCUCGGUUCUGGGUCCGCUACUCUUCCUUCUUUUUAUCAAUGAUAUUUUGACCGAAGCCAGAAAUUCGCAGACUUUUAUUUAUGCCGAUGACGUCAAUUGUGCUUACUCAUAUUCAAAGGACAGCGCAAAUGUUUUUGUUGAAAAAAUUAAGGCCAAUUUACUACGUUAAAGCAGAUGGAGUUUCAUCAUCCAAGUGUAGUUUCAUGUCAUUUGGUCCUACCAAACUUCCUGGCCCCAUUCUUUUUCAGGAUAGCCUACUAUCAGAAUGCUCCACCAUAAAGGACCAAAGUUUAGGUUAUACAGAUAAACUUGCUUUAUCACCUCAUGCAGAUAGAAUCUCUGCCAAAGCCGCGCAGAUACGUGAUUCAUAUCGCAUAUUUUUUCCCUCCAGACAUGAUGCUGAGGCAUUAUCAAAUGUUUGUUCAUCCAGUCCUCGAAUACUGCUGUCCUUUUUUGGUUUAAUGAGCGUUGUGACCGUUAUAAGAUCGAAAGUGUUCAGAGGGUUUUUAUCCGGAAACUGUUCUCUCGAGUCGCACCCGGUACUUCUUAUACUCAGAGGUGUCAGCUGACGAACGUGAAGUUUUUGUGAGUUAGAAGACUCGCAGCUGGCCUUUGCUUCCUUUUUCGCAUAAACUCUAGCUCCGGUCUUCCGCUCAUUGACACUGUCACUCCAAGAGAUCGGUCUUAUGCCACGCGCAUCUCCACCAUGGUGAUUCCGCCGCCUCUUUGUAUUACAUCUAAGCGCUCCCUCUUCGUUGCUUCCAAAUAUGCCUUCUUUUAGAAUAAUCUUCCACCUGAAAUUAGGUCAUCACCUAAAUUACUGGUAUUCAAGUCGAAAUUGCGCAAACAUCUUACACCGGAAAGCAUAAAGGCACUGUUCACGGUCUCGUUCCCGAACACUCAGCUGCUUGACUUCGAAAGGGAUCCUCCUGGGAUUUAGUGGUAGAUCAAGUGGUAACUCUCAAUUAUAUCAUUAGAAACGCCUGUUUUGAAUUGGUUUCUAAAUCAAUUGCUAUCACUCCUCCCCCAUAGCGACGAUUUUGCGGUUUUUGAUGUCAUCUCCCGCAUUUCGACCUCAUGCGGUCUGUCGACGCUCACGGCGGAACCCUUAGUAUUCCGUCAAGUAUCUCGUCAAGGUCAAGCCUCUGGUUUUAAAUUUGAAGAUAAGUGGAGGAUAUUAUUUAAAGUGGUUCUUCUGUGAGACCUAACGAGUUUAGUACCAGUUUUUUUUGGUUGAAUUUCCUUAAAUACAGGCCUCUUCCCUCAGAACUGCCUGCUGCCAUCUCCUUUUGAGUUUUGCUAGUCUAUGCCCGUUGUUCACUAAUCGCACUCUGCAAUUCUCAUUUUGUGCAUUCGAUUUCUCUCUAACUGUUGUAAUUUAUUUUUACAUCGUGAGCCCCUAGCUGAAAUUCAGUCAACUUGUCUGCCAGAAGUUUCCUUAAUCACACAUUGCCUCGAGACAAGAUGAGACCAAAAGUCACUGGUCGGCGUAAGCUCUCGGAUCUUGUAAGUAAGGAUGGCCUAACUAAACGUAAGUCAGAAGCUUUACCUAAAUCUAAGUCAGAUGAUAUUACUAGUCAGUCGUCACCCGCUGUAAUUGGUCGGUAGCUUGAUCUGUCUGCACUUGACCACUGCAAUGACUUUAUGCUAAAGUUUGGCUCUUUGCUGACAAUCCUUGGACAUUUAUUCGGAGAUGUUCCCUCUGAAGAAUGUAGGCGUCUCGACUCACUUGUUCACCUGAUCGGCAGUAAAUCUAGUGAUUAACAGAAACGUUCUUACAACUUCCUGCUGAAAAAUGUUCCUCGAUCUGCUCGGCCAAUUGAUGUUGCGACCAAUUUCCUGUAUUCAUGUGGUUUCAACCAUAAAAUAGCCGAUGUCAAACGCUUGUCCUCCCGUAGCAAAAAUCCACCCAUCUUAGUCAAAUUAGUUUCAUCAAUCGAGGUUGACACAAUCUUUACCCAUCGAGAGCGUGUCACUGCGUACCUAGAAAAGGCAAAAUUUUUCAUUUGUCAUGAUCUUACUCCUAUGGAGCGUAGAAUCGGGUCUUUAUUCUCACGUAAACCCACUGCUUCUCAGUCUAAUGCUCCCCAACUCGGUCAUAAUACAAGUGGCCGUAAGGAUUCAGCUUGCCCUACUCCUGCGACAUCUGACUCCCUCCUUCCUCUUUCUCCUACAUCUCCAUCUCACUCAAGCCACCUGACGCAUUUGCCUGCCCCUAAGCUUGCAGCAGCAGCAGCAGCAGCAGCAGCAGCAGCAGCAGCAGCAGCAGCAGCAGCAGCAGCAGCAGCAGCAGCAGCAGCAGCAGCAGCAGCAGCAGCAACAGCCCCAUUUGUCGUUUCGUAUCCUCCGGAUAGUCCCGCUGUGA